AUGACUUCAAUUGCCCGAUUAGACUCAUCAGAAUGGACUCGAAUACAGUCUGGGGUAGUGGCACCGGACUUUGCCACUGGAGUUAAGGGUAUCUUUAUGAACAGCUUAGAAGGUGGAGCCACUAACAUUGAUCUAAGAGUUGAUUUCUCGUCUCUAAGUCUCUUCUGCAAGGAUAACGGUGAAGGCAUAACCAAAGCUCGACUAGAACAUAUAAGUAAGCAAUCCAUGAAUAGACGUACAGGUAACUUAAUUCGUUCGUUAAGUACCAUGUCUCGACUAACCAUCAUUAGCCAUGUUGAAGGUGUUCCAACCACUUACAUCACGGAGGGUUUGCUGCUGGUAAAACCUUAUAUUGAACAUCACCUGUACAACGAUGGUGUAUUCAAUAUAGGAGAAGAUUCCCUUGUUUCAACUCAUGGUACAGUGACCAUUGUGUCGAACUUGUUCUAUAACGUCCCAGUUAGAAGGACCCAAUUGCUUCUGAUUCCUCGAUAUAAACUAGAGAACCAACUACGUGAGGUUAUACUUGAAGCAUUGAUGGAAGCAACUAAUUACACUACUGGAGUUUCACUUAACGUAUCAGUAGUAUCGUCGUUGGGGAAGGAAUUAGUUCCCUUGCUACAAUCUGAUUUAAGUCUUUCUAGGUUUUCAUUUGAAGAUCUUCUACACGAUAUUUUUGGGUUCAGCCGUGCUUUCAUGAACUUUGACUGUGACGACAAGGACGACUCUAUGAGCGUUAGAGGCGUUGUAUCCCGUUUCUUCGUUCAAACAACAAGGUACCAAUACAUUUUCAUUAACAACUCCAGGGUGAAGAUUCCACGGUCUAUUAGUAGAACCUUGAAUCGAGUUUUUGAAAGUGUAAGCUUUGAAAAUGAUCCUACUUCUUUGAAUAGUCCAAUCAAAGGUGGACAAGGAGUCCAGAAGGCUUCUUGGAGACCGUAUCUGAAAUAUCCGGUGAUAAUGGUGAAAUGCUCAACUAAGUCCAACACAAUUCCGAGUCUGGAUCAAUUGGAUAAAAUAUUUAAAGUCAUAUGUGAAAGUAUGAGAGAAUUAAUAAGUGUACAUGGUGUUCCCACAAUUGAGUCUCCCAGGAAACCAACUAUCCGAGGAAACAAAGUUUGUCCGAAUAAGCGAAUGAUAACCAUCGUUUCUCCACCCAUAUCAGACCCAUGUUUGGAGCUGAGAUAUUCGAGCUGCAACAAACGCACUAUUGAUUUAAUGAAUCGCACGUCGUUGUAUCAGAUCCCAAAGCAUGGUUUCAAAAAUUAUGAUUUACGAGUGGUUCGACAAAUUGAUAAUAAAUUCAUCAUGCUAUCCAUGGGUCUCGAUCGAGUGAGCGAUCGUAAACAUGUUCCUGUUCUAAUGUUGCUAGAUCAACAUGCUUGUGACGAGAGAAUUCGAGUGGAAGAACUCUUUAAAGAGUUUAUUGAAAGUAUUAUUGAUACUAACGUAACUCUCGGCACGAGGUUAGAUAAGAUUGUUGAAUUUGAUGUUGUUGCGUCUCAAGUUGGAAUGUUUGAAUGCUUCAAGCAUAACUUUAUAAAAUUUGGUAUUCAAUAUGAAAUCAACCAUAAGCGUAUUCUGGUUACUCAUUUACCAAGAAUCAUAUCUACUCGUGACUCUACAUUUAUUGAACGGUCAAUGCUUCAACAUUGUUACGACCUAGACAUGCAUUCUAAACAGGUGAACUUUGACUUUAACAAAAGUGAUUGGUUUCAUGGCAUACCUCAUCUACCACAGGUCUUUGUCGAUACCAUCAACUCCAAGGCCUGUCGAUCCUCUAUAAUGUUUGGUGAUGCAUUGGAUAAACAGGAGAUUGAACAUUUGGUGCUUUCUCUAACACGAUGUCAACUUCCAUUCCAAUGUGCACAUGGGCGUCCAUCAAUAAUACCCUUAUUGGAAUUAUCUAAUUCAGAUAUCACUGGAACUUAUGCUACAGACUAA